AUGAACAUUUACAAAACCCUUGAAUCAAAACCGGCUACUUAUGCAGUGAGAAGAACUGAGCUGAAGUCCACUUUCCUCAGUCCAGGGAGAACCGAAAUUGAAUACAAUGCAUUCAGCUCAGCCAUUCCUAGGCGAAUUACAGUCGCACUUGUUGCAAAUGGGGCAUUUAAUGGGGACAUUAGUCUUUCACCGUUUAAUUUUAAACCAUUCAAUUUGAGGGAUAUUUCAGUUCAUACUGGCGGCCAUAUUUAUCCGAUGGUCUCUUAUAAGCUUAAAUUUGACGAGGAUAUUUUCGUAAGGGCAUAUGUUGACAUGUAUGAAGCAUUGGGGAUGGCCAAUUCUGAUAGGUCCUUUGAUAUUUCAAUGGCCCAAUUUAAAUCGGGCUGGAGCUUCUUUGUUAUUCCCCUAACGUCUACCUUAGAUGAUUCUUGUGGUUUUGAGCUUUUACGUAGUGGAACCACUAGUGUUCGACUAGAAUUUAAUUCUCCAAUUCCUGCAGGUGGUGUUGAGAUGAUUAUUAUGGGCGAGUUUGACCAAUUGCUAAUGAUUGAUUAUAACAGACACAUUGUUUCUGAUUCAACACUAGGUUAA